GAUAUUUGAAAAAUGUUUUACACAAUUCAAGCUUUAUAAUCAUAAAAUGAUUUGAAUUUUAAAAGAAAUAAUAUUUCAAUUGCUUUAAUCUUAUAUGGAUAUGGAGGUUCAAGAAUCAAAAUAUUCUCUUGAGUUUGAAAACUAUGAAUAUACUCUUCGUGGAAAUUUAUUAAGGUAUUUCAACACAAGGUGUUUAGCAAACGUAACGUUAAUUUGUAAUGGGGAGGCUAUUACGGCCCAUCAAGUGGUAUUGUCUGCAUGUAGUCAAUUUUUUGAAAAUAUUUUAAUAGCUCGGACAGAGCCUCACCCUGUUAUUGUUUUUUUUGAUAUUCCAAAAAACCAUAUGGAACUCUUAUUGGAAUUCAUGUAUAAGGGCCAAAUAAGUGUCUCAAAGAGCCUUCUUCCUUUACUUCUAACAAGUGCAAAAAAGUUGCAAGUACGGGGUCUGAACUGUGAGAAGUUUAAUAAUAAUCCACAGAUAAAUUCAGAAGGAGAAAUGUACGAGACUGACACAACACAAAAUUCAUCUUCUGUCUUAAUAGAAACGUUAAGACAAAACAUCGUUCGAAAAGUUCAGAAUAUUGAGGGCCAAGGUUUGGAUAAUGAAGAGUCACCAAACUGGUUAUCAUCGUCAACUCCAAAGAAAAGAGAAGAACGUGGGAAGAAAAUUAUAAACACCUUUGCUGUGAGGUCCCAAAGUAUCAAUGACAGCGACUCGACCAUAUACGAUUUUAACCCGUGUGAAUCAGGACCAUCAAAAAAUAAUUUCAAUGAACACACAGCAAUAUAGAAAUCACUUGAUAACAUCUCGAGUAUUGUGGUUACUACCAAUACACAACCUAGUGAUGGUAAUUACGAUAAGCAAAACAGUACAAAAACGCAGUAGGACAGCAAAGACAAUUUUAAAUAGAGACAAUAGCAAAGUGUUUAGUUUAGAACGUGUCGAAGAACCUUCUGUCCGUUACCAUGAUUAGAAUAAGCUUUUUUAUGGAAAUAUUGAUUUUAUUUAUACACGGAACUAAUUAGCUUCAUUGUGUGUUAUAAUAAAUACUUUAUAAAUUA